AUGCGUGUACUUGUCCCGGGACCUGGCAACGAAAUCCGAGAAGUCGUGCUUCCAGAAAGCCCUACUAUUGCAAUGCACUGGGAGAUCGCUGGCUGGUUGCUACGGCUUUGGCGACCUCACGUAGCGACGCAGAUGAUCUGCCUGCACUUGCGACUGGCACUCUCCCGUGUGGAUGCCCGAAGCUGCGCCCGUCCCCGCAAGCUGCGGGAUGGGCGACUGAGCCCAGCGUCAUACUCGAUCUCUAAGCAGUUGGACCGUGCCAGGCGUCGCGGCUCGCAAGCAAGACAGGAGACGCUGCCCAAGACAUCACCAACACUGAACAACCAGGCCUGGCCGGCCUCAGAAUGCAACGGUGGCGGGAAAACCAAUACGAAGCAUCGAAGGGAACUGCCAGUGCUGCUGCAACUGCAGGUGUCUCACGCGCAGGACGUCAGCCUGCAAGCGGCUAUAGGGCCUCUAGGGCUCGAAAGGGGUCGUGCCGAGCAAACGUCGUCAAGGAGGGAUGUGUCGAGGAGGGAUUGUGGCCUGGGCCCGGAGCACUUCGCACUUCCUCGAGACAUGGCGGGGCUCUCUGAAGGGGAAUCUAGUGGAAAUGCUGGCUGCUUCGGCGGCUUCGGCUUCGGGCCCGCGGCGCUUCUGGGGUACAAGUGCAUCGAGACAGCAUGGCACGUGCUGACUUUCUGGGGGGCGCCAGACAUCCGCCUGUGCAAAGCCCCCAGACGGAGUGGUGGAAGCUGCUCGUCAUCAGGACAUCGGACUCCUCGCAUGACAGCACAACCCCAGAACAGGCAGGAUGCACGCACGCUGUGCAAAGCACCGUCUGCAGGGCCAGGGCGCCACCACAACAUGCACGGGGCACAGCAGGCACAGCAGGCACGCACUGCCGGGCUUUCCAGCUCCUCGCUCCGAGCGCCCUCAACACGACGCCGCCAGCGGACAGCCUCCAUGACGGAGGCAUUUCCCGGCCGUUCCAUCCAGCUUCACAGCAAAGAAGGAUGGCAUCUGAAGUCAUUCCCUGUGCCGUCGCCAUAG